CGUGCUGCCAUUACAUAUACCGCACCUGCAUUUUCCUUCCCUCACCAGCUGCAGCUCCGACCAAGCUAGCUGCCUUCAUCUAUCGAGUCACCGGUCACAUCACAGCUGAUAUCGAGGCGACGCGCCGGUCGCCGGCGAGGUGCUCCAUCCAGCUCCCACCAAAAACCACUAAUAGCCAUGGCGCGGCUCCUCCUCCUCCUCGGGGCCGCCAUGGUGCUCUUGGCGUCCGCGGCCACGGCGCAGGACUGCCUGUCCGCGACGUUCAGCGGCGGGCGGACCUUCGGCAAGUGCAACAGCAUGCCGACGCUCAGCGCCAGCCUGCACUGGACGUACCACCCGGAGAACGGCACCGCGGACGUGGCGUUCCGCGCGCCGUCGGACACCAGCGGCUGGGUCGGCUGGGGCAUCAACCCCACUAGCGGCAACAGCAUGGUCGGCAGCAGCGUCUUCAUCGCGUCGCAGGACAGCAGCGGCGUGGUGUCCGUCCUCAUGACCUACCUGGAGACCACCAGCCAACCCGCACUAACCAACAACACCUUCAAGUUCAACGUGCCCAUCGGCCCCGCCGCCGAGUACUCCGACGGCGCCUACACCAUCUACGCCACCGUAGAGCUUCCCGGGAACUCCACGCAGCAGUACACGGUGUGGCAGGCCGGCCCUACCAGCAACGGUGCCAUCGCCCAACACCCGCUUUCGCCAUCCAACAGGGCAAGCACCCAGAGUCUGGACUUCCUCUCGGGGUCAAGCACCGCCGCGUCAAACUCCAAGCUUCACCGCCGUAACAUUCACGGACUGCUGAACGCGAUUGCCUGGGGCAUCCUGAUCCCGAUCGGCGCCAUCAUCGCCCGGUACCUGCGCGUGUUCGAGUCGGCGGACCCGGCAUGGUUCUACCUGCACAUCGUCUGCCAGUGCUCCGGCUACAUCCUGGGCGUGGCCGGCUGGGGCCUGGGGCUGAAGCUGGGCAGCGAGUCCGCGGGCAUCACCUACAAGCCCCACCGCAACCUCGGCAUCGCCAUCUUCAGCCUGGCCACCCUGCAGGUGUUCGCGCUGCUGCUCAGGCCCGACAAGAAGAACAAGUACAGGCUCUACUGGAACAUCUACCACCACUCCGUCGGCUACUCCGUCAUCGUGCUCAGCGCCAUCAACAUCUUCAAGGGGCUCGACAUCCUCCAGCCGGCCAGCGGGUACAAGACCGCCUACAUUGUCAUCCUGGCCACGCUCGGCGGCAUCGCGCUCUGCCUCGAGGCCAUCACCUGGCCCAUCGCCAUCCGGAAGCGCAGGCGGAACGCCGCCGACAAGGCGGCCGUCGGCAACGGCAACGGCUGGCAGCAGGGUGCGUAGGGAGUACCAGAUAUCAUCGCCGGGCGUGUGCAUAGCACAGUGCGUGCGUGUGUGUGUGUGUUUUGAUGCGAGGGAGGAAUGUGACAUCGAUGUGCUGAUGGCGUUGUUCAGAGAGAUUUGUUGCAGUGUGUGUGUUCUUUAUUGUUACUACUAGUAGUCUAGUACCGCUGGGCUCUGUAGAAGGUGUAGCUCCUUUUUCUUCUGGUUUAUUUUACUAGGGUUCUAUAAUGGCAUUUGUACACAUUUCUUCUUCUUAUUAUUAUUGAUGUACGAUUACUUUGAUUAGUGUAUGGUUUCGAUCAGA